ACACACAACUUGCAACUAGCAAGUCUCUCCAACUAAGAUUCCGCUUCUUUGGUAUCACCACCACCACCAUUUCAUCUACAACUUCACCACAAAAUAUUAUAUCAAAAUAUAUCAAUAAUUAUGCCUGAAGAAGUAGUAGAACAACAUGAUAACAGAUUCAACAGUAUGUUUACAAUGGAUCUAGACCUUGAUGGUUCUUGGACUUUUGAUCAGAUAUUCUUCUCUGACCCUUCACCACCCUCGUUUAUUUUAUCAGCAGCAGCUGACCAAACUUAUUCUCCUUUGUGGGCUUUUUCUGAUGAUAACGCUAACGUCAACGACAGUGAUGGUAGACUGGCUGGAAGUGCCACGUGGACAUGUUCUGGAGUUGUUUCAGACACAUGUAACCCUGCUCAAGUAACCAGAAAACCAUCAAACAACGAUCUAAAAAGGCGGCUACCAAUGCCAACUUUGGAAGUGAACACAUUCGAAUAUCAAGAUGCAACAUGUAUAAUCAAGGAACGGAUGACAAUGGCACUUCGUUACUUUAUAGAAUUGGGUGAAAAGCAUGUCCUCGCUCAAGUCUGGGCUCCGGUUAAGAACAAGGGCCGUACUGUCCUCACAACAUCUGGUCAACCUUUUGUUCUUGACCCAAACUGCACCGGGCUUCAUCAGUACAGAAUGGCUUCUUUGAUGUACACGUUCUCACUUGAUGACGAAACUGAUGGAGUUCUUGGGCUUCCAGGUCGGGUUUUUAAACAUAAGCUUCCAGAAUGGACUCCGAAUGUUCAGUUUUAUUCGGAUAAAGAAUACCAACGGCUUAAUUAUGCUUUGAGUUAUAACGUUCGUGGAACCUUGGCUUUGCCUGUGUUUGAACCUUUGGGGCAAUCGUGUGUUGGUGUGCUUGAGUUGAUAUUGACUUCGCAGAAAAUAAAUUAUGCUUCGGAGGUUGAUAAAGUCUGCAAAGCACUCGAGGCGGUAAAUUUAAAAAGUUCAAAUAUAUUGGAUUCUCCGAAUACUCAGAUAUGUAAUGAAAGUCGACAACAAGCCUUAGCCGAAAUCCUGGAGGUAAUCACAGCAGUUUGCGAGACUUAUAAUUUCCCGUUGGCUCAAACGUGGGUCCCAUGCAGACACCGAAGUGUCCUAGCCUAUGGUGGUGGGUUGAAGAAAAGUUGCAGUAGUUUCGAUGGAAGUUGUAUGGGUCAAGUAUGCAUGUCAACGACUGAUGUAGCGUUUUACGUUGUUGACGCUCACAUGUGGGGAUUUCGUGAGGCGUGUGCUGAACAUCACCUACAAAAGGGUCAAGGGGUAGCUGGACGGGCUUUUGUGACUCGUAGUUCGUGUUUUUGCGAAAAUAUAACGCAUUUUGGCAAAACAGAAUACCCGUUGGUGCAUUAUGCACGUUUGUUCGGGUUAGUUGGAUCUUUUGCGAUUUGUUUGAAAAGUAGCCACACGGGUGAUGAUGAUUAUAUACUGGAGUUCUUUCUUCCUCCGAAUAUGGUUGACUGUAAAGAUCAACAAACGAUGUUGGGAUCGUUGUUGACUUCAAUGAAGCAGCAUUUUCGUAGUCUUAAGGUUGCUAACGGUGAAGAAAUAGGGGAAGACGGUAGAUUUGUUGAAAGUAUUAAAGCGUCUGUGAAUGGUGAUGCUAUUGAUUCAGGCAUAUCUGAAUCUGGAAUAUCUAAUGGAGGGCCGUUGAUUAUGGGACCAAAUGCAAUCAAUGGAAAUUAUGGUAAAUCGGUUGAAACAAACAAAAAAUCAGAAAAGAAACGAGGGAAAGCGGAGAAAUCGAUUAGUUUCGAGGUUCUUCAACAACAUUUUGCUGGAAGUCUUAAAGACGCUGCAAAGAAUCUCGGUGUUUGCCCAACUACAAUGAAACGAAUAUGCCGACAACAUGGGAUCUCAAGAUGGCCAUCUCGUAAGAUUAACAAGGUUAACCGCUCGCUUACAAAGCUAAAACGAGUGAUUGAGUCGGUACAAGGUGGUGAAGGAACGUUCACUCUUCCUUCGUUGACAGCCACCCAACUCCCACUUGGCGUUGACUCCCCAUUUUCGCCAACGGCUCCAAAUGGUUCACCAACUAACCAACACGGCUCACCAUGGUCCAAACCAUUUGACCAUUGUCCAAAGAACAAUCAAGGUCCAACCAUUCAAACAUCUGGCAGCCGAGAAACCAGUAUCGGUAGUCCAAAUUCUCAAAGAUCCUGCCAAGAAGAAACCGCAAAACCAUUUAGAGGAAUGUUAACCGCGGAUGCCGGAAGCUCACAUGAUUUAACAAGCCUUUGUCCAGUCACAGAGCCUCUUGAAAAGGUACAAGAACUUGCUCCAAAUGCACAACCUUUCACAGCCAGGCCGGAAACAAAAACAAUAACGAUAAAGGCGAGUUACAAAGAAGAUAUAAUCAGGUUUCGUUUGGCUGCAAACUCGGGUAUAUUCACACUGAAAGAAGAAGUUGCAAAGAGGCUGAAGUUGGAUGUGGGUACAUUCGAUGUAAAGUAUCUUGAUGAUGAUCAUGAAUGGGUUUUAAUAGCGUGUGAUGCAGAUUUACAAGAAUGUGUUGACUUGUCCGGGUGCAACAUAAUUAGGCUUUCGGUUCAUGAUUUGUCGACAAAUUUUGGGAGCUCGUGUGAGAGUUCAGGUUAGUUGUAAGUGUUGGAAUGUUAGGAUUUGUAGGAUAUUGUUAAGUUGUAGAUUUUUGGGUUCAUAGAAACAGGACCAAAUUACAGGAGGAAUUUUCCCCUAUUUUUGUUGUAUAAGAUAUAAUGGAAUUGUCAAAAGUGUUAAUUGUAUAUUGACUUUUUCUUUGUUUUCCAAA